AAUAACAAUUAUGACUCUCCACUUUUUAUUUUUAUUGCUGGAUUGAAAAAGAUGAUUCUGUACAAUGCCUACACCAGGAGGAUAUUAUUCUACAAAUAAGGGCCCAGCGUGACAUUUAUGAGAAAGCCAGGGUCCUUCUGUGCAAAACUGAUUGGUGCUCAGCCAAUGGGCUCCAAGGCAUUGCAAAUAAAGGUACCUUUUCCACUGGGCCUGAUCAGAAGCAGGGCAGAGUGUUGCUUCUGCCUAUGAAACUUCAGGAAAUGCUCCAACUCCUGUCCUAGCAGACUACAUCUGAGGUCAACAAAGAGAAACUGGGCUUUGAAGAUGAAGCACUUUGUUCCUCAAUUCCCUUCCAUCUUGGCCAUCUAUUGCUUCUGCAUGGUACAGAUUCCCUCUUCAGGAUUUCCUCGACCUCUAGCUGAUCCCCCAGAUGGCUUGGAUAUCAUGCAGCUUGAGCGGCUGGCAUAUUGGGCAGCUCUUUCUAGGCAACCUAAGGAUGAUCAAGACAUAUACAAAAGGUUUUUAUUUCACUACUCCAGAACUCAGAAGCCGAUACAUCCAGUUAAAAGUGGGUUUCCUCCUGUGCACCCGUUAAUGCGCAUGGCUGCGCAGCUCGCCAACCAGAAGGUGAAAAGAUUUCUGCAACAGCGUGAUUCGGGGACUGCUGCAGUGGAUUUCACCAAGAAGGAUCACACUGCCACCGGGGGACGACCAUUUUUCCUUUUCAGGCCAAGGAACGGAAGAAACACUGAAGAUAACACUCAGUAGGACAGUCCGAGAAUUCAGUGACAAAGAGAAACUGGAUCAGAUAAAGAAAUUGGGCAAUUAUUUUGAACACAUGUCAACUUUCUGUGAGAGAUAAAAGAUAAUUCUCUUGCUCUGUAUUCACUAGAAUAUUCAGUUGUAUAAAAAAUAAACAGCAU